AUUUUAUUCUGGAAAAUGGCGACUCACUAGAAAAGAAACCGUCUUGUUACCUUGAUUCAAGAUUGGGGGACAUCGCUCACCAGAAGCUGAAUUAUGGCCACCUUUGAUGCAUUGUGGGAGGACAGAGAUGUGCGCUUCGAUAUUAGUCCUCAACAAAUGAAGAUGCGUCCUGGUGAGAUACUUAUAGAUAGACUUGAUUCAGUUGAAGACACUAAAGGAAAUAAUGGAGACAGAGGUCGCCUAAUAAUAACCAAUCUAAGAAUAAUAUGGCAUUCUCAGACGCUGCCGAGAGUGAAUCUCUCUGUUGGGUACAAUUGUAUCGUUAACAUCACCACAAGGACGGCUAAUUCUAAACUUAGAGGACAGACAGAAGCAUUAUAUAUAUUAACCCGGUGUAAUAACACACGAUUUGAGUUCAUAUUCACUAAUCUUGUACCUGGAAGUCCUAGAUUGUUUACCUCUGUCAUCUCUGUGCAUCGUGCUUAUGAGACAUCCAAGAUGUAUCGUGACCUCAAACUAAGAGGGGCAUUAAUUAACAACAAACAGUUGAAGUUACUACCGCAGGAGCAAGUCUAUGAUCAAAUUAACGGUGUCUGGAAUCUGUCAAGUGAUCAGGGUAAUUUAGGAACAUUUUUCAUCACCAAUGUACGUCUGGUAUGGCAUGCUAACAUGAAUGAUAGUUUUAAUGUCAGUGUGCCGUAUUUACAAAUGAGGACUGUCAAAAUCCGUGAUUCUAAGUUUGGUUUGGCAUUGGUCCUUGAAACAUCAGUACAGAGUGGUGGAUAUGUGUUGGGUUUUCGCAUAGAUCCAGUGGAGAAACUACAAGAGGUGGUGAAAGAAAUCCAGAGUCUACACCGUGUGUACAGUGCUAGUCCAGUGUUUGGUGUAGAAUUUGAAAAUGAAGAUAAACCACAGGGCUUGGAAGAUUUAAUGAUUGAAACCGUUCAAGACGAUGUGGAGAUUGUCAAUGAGGACGAACAAUCAGAUGCAUUUGCUGCCUAUUUUGCCGAUGGUGACAAGCAAAAAGACCGUCCACCGGUAUACUCAGAAGAACUGGGAUUAGCAAUAGAAAAACUUAAAGAUGGUUUUACAUUGUCAGGUCUUUGGGAAGUAAUGGACCAAAAGUCAUCAUGA